AUGGAGGGUGCAGAUAAAGGUCAAUUAUUUUUUGAUGAAUCAACAUUUGAUAGAGAUGAUCAGGUAUUACAAACUCGUUUAGUGUAUUUAAAGAGGAUGUUAAAAAAAGGACCAGUGGAAAAAGAAAAACAAGAAAGAAUUUUAUUUGGUGGUGCACAAAGAAAACAAAAGGAAGAAGAGCAAAUACAACAACAAAAAGAUUACUCAAGUAAUAAAAUUACCGCUGGUAUUCGUGAUACAAAUGGUUAUACAAACAAUUCAUUAAUGAGUAGAAAUGAAGCGGAAAUUAAUAAUAAUAAUAAUAAUAAUAGUAAUAGCAAUAGCAAUAAUAAUCAAUUGGGAAUUGCAGAUAAUGGUUACAAGAAACAAAAGAAUGAAUUUAAUACACCAACAAGCUAUAAUUAUUUACCAUCAUCACAACAACAACAACAACAACAACAACAACAAAAUUCAAUAAUAUCAUUUAAACUAAAACCAUUAUUUGAUGCAAAACUUAAAGAAUAUGAAACUAAACGUCAAUUGCUAGGUCUUUCAGAAUCAGUUAUUGAAUUUGAAAGAGGAUUUUGUACACAAGAUAAUAAGUAUGGCAAAUCAAUAAUGUUUGUAAUUUCACCAGAUUCAAAAAGAAAUAGUAAUUUUUUAAAUAUAAUUCAAGAUACACCAUCAAUAGUUGCCUAUCAUCAAUAUGACAGUAAUGCAAAGAAAAAGAAAUUCAAGAAAAUCAUUCAACAUAUGAAACAUGAAUUUAUGAGUGGUUAUUCAUCAUAUCCAAGAUUAAUGGAGGAACAUCUUCAAGAGGUUUCAUCGACCCAUGCUGCUUCAAAAUAUAUUAAUUUCAGAAGAGAUAAAAUGAUUGAUGAGCCAAAGAAGAUCAUAUUAUCAUUUAAAGAGAUGCCAAUUUUUCCAUCAUUUGAGGAUAAUGAUAGUGUAAACACAAUUCUUUAUCAUAGACUUUUAUAUAUCGAUAGAUUUUUAGAGAAACAACAACAACAACAACAACAAGAUGAUGACGAUGAUGAAUUAUUGGAUGAUCAACCUCAACCAGAGACCGAACAGGAUUUAGAGCGUAAUAGUUUAGGUGUAGAUAAAUUAAAUGAUGAUCAAAGAUUAUUUUUAUCAUUCAUUAAAAAACAGCAUUAUAAAUUUAAUCAAGAUAAUUAUUCAACAAAUUUAGAAAAUGAAAUUAAUAAUUUAGUUUUAAAAAUAACUGGUUUACAACCACAACAAAAGAAUUUAGAUACUGAUGUUGAAAUAAAUGAUAGUGAGCAACAACCACAACAAAUUUCAGAGAAGAAAAAAGAAAAUGAUAAUUUAUCACAAAAACCAUUAAUUCAUAUUAUAAUUGAUGAUUUACCACAAUCUGAAAUUGAUAUAUUAUUAUUACUUCAAAAAAUUAAAUUCAAUGAUGUUAGAAUUUUUAUAACAGUAUCAUGUCGUUUUGCUUUACCAAGUGAGUUGGUAUUUGAAAAUUCAAGAAUCCUUAGAUUAACAAAUCCAAACUUUUAUAAUAAUAUCAAUUACUUGAAUGAAUGUAUUACUCCACUUUCAAUACCAGACGAUGGUUUCAACGUUCAUGAUUACCCAAAUAUCUAUAGGGUUUUACAAUUCAUUGGUGGUCAAUCAGGUUUGAAUGAAUUAUUCACAAUAGUACUCAAUGAAAUUAGAUCUGACAAUCCAAAGACUCAUAUAAAGAAUAUUCCAUUGGAUGAUAUUACCAAUAGAAUGUUGGGUUAUUUAAUUCAAACAGCAGCAACAUCACCACAACAAUCAGUUUCUUUAUUACCAAUUGAUAAUCCUGAUAUUCCACUUUUAAUUCUCUUAUCGAUUGUAGGUUAUAAUUAUAAAGAAGCAAAAUCAAAAUAUCCAAAGAUUGAAGAAUAUUAUGGUAGAGGUGUAAUCUCGAUUCAAAAUUUUAGUGUUUUCAUGUCACCAUUACUCAUGAAAUAUUAUUUACAAUAUGCAGUGGAUUUUAAUAAAGAUUUUGGUGGUCAUGUUUUUUCUGUAGCUUUUACGAUUUUGAAAAGAUUCUCUCAAGAGAUUUUCGUUUGGAAUACAUUUUAUCAAGAGUUUUUCCAAUUGAAAUUAGCAGCUCACAACUUUUUAAAUGAUCAUUACCAACAAUUCUCUUCAGCAGAUCAAAAGAUUACACUAAGAUCAUUCUUUUAUCCAAAUCAAAAGUUAAACUCUGAAUUUGAAGAUAAGACAAAUUCAAACAAUGAUCGUUCUUUGGUUACAGAUUUCAAUUAUAAAUUCGGUAUUGAAUCAUAUUGGAAGAAAUCAAUCGAGUUGUACCAUGAUCCAUCGAUGGUUGACGAUCAAAAUAGAAAUAUUGGUUCUUCAACUCAAACUAUUUACUCACCACCAGAUUUAGAUUACUUUUCAGUUGAUGUCGAUAAAACUGUUAGAGAUUGCUUCAAUCAAAAUACAAAAUACAGAGUAGAUAAUGAUAUGCUUUUAUUUUUCACAAGAAAAUAUUCACAAUAUUCAAACUCUCCAAAAUUUAAAAUUAUCAAUCCAAUUGAAAGUAAUUAUUAUUCUUUCUUAACUUCUUUUAUUGAUAGUGUAGAGUUAUAA